AUGUCUCCCCUGUACACCAAGUCUUGGGCUCCGGCCAACAAGACAAUCAUCGACAUCGGCGGAUCUACCCUCGACACUACUUUCGAUUCGCAGCUCCCCAGCGCCUUCAAGGGAGAGGGCUACUUCCCAAAGGAGAUUGCAUACACUGCCGGCAUGCACCAUUGGUGCGAGAUCGCCGACAACUCUUACCAGACCACUGAUGAAUUGGACAUCAUCAAGUCUACUGCUUUCGAUGUCGUUAAAGACAUGCCAGCUACCGGCGCGGUCAUCAUCGACCUUGGAGCUGCUAAUUCUCGAAAGUUCGUUCCUUAUGUCGAGGCAUUCACUCAGCAGGGCAAGCCUUGCAUCUACAUCGCCCUCGAUCUCUGCAAGGAGUCCCUGACCAAGCAUGUCAAUAAGUCAGCUACCGACUUCCCUCAAAUCACUUGCAUUGGCUUGUGGGGUAACUUCAUCCAGGGUGACAAGUACUUUGCUACUCUCCCCAACCCCCGUAUCUUCCUUUCUCUCGGUUCUAUCUUCUUCAAUGCCCCAGACCAGAUGUGUGUUGAUCGAUGCCUUGAGUUCUCUAAGCAUCUUUCUGGAUCCCCUUACUCAAAGCUGAUCGUCGGUCAAGAUGGACCCUCCAGCACUGAGGCCUCGUCCACUCAUGCUGCCUACCAGACCAAGGCUUACGAUGCGUUUUUCAACUCUUACCUUCAAGGUAUCCAGGCCCAUGCUGACAUCUUCGCCAACCCUCGCGUCGCCUGGACUUACGAGUCAAAGCUUGACAACUCUAUGCACUACUUCAAAGUAGUCGCUCAGCACGAUAUGGUCUGUCACCGCUACAACGACUUCUUCAUCCAAAAGGGUACCACCUACACUAUGUUCCCCUCUUGGAAACGUGGGGAGGCCGAAAUUCAUGCCAUCGCCAAGGCUCAGGGCCUGGACGUCAAGACUCUCGGGAAGGCUCCCAAGUCUGGGAUGCGUCAGUAUUUGAUUCAGCCUCGCUUCUAA